AUCCCCCACUACAGCUGUAGCACUACUACUUACUCACUAUGCCUCACCAAUAAGACCCCUUACCCUUUAUUCUAUUCCCAUGCAACCCCCUCGUCACAUUCAGUCACAAUUUCUCUCUCUCUCUCACACACACACACACACAAGCCAUGCCCUCGUCAACAGCGCAAACCAUCAUCAUCAUCGGCGCCGGCAUCGUGGGUGCCAAUCUCGCAGAUGAACUCCUCUCCCUGGGCCAUCCGGCCUCCGCCAUCACGGUCAUCGAGCAAGGGCCCCUCACCUUCCCCGGCGCCGGGGGCUCCACCUCGCACGCCCCCGGCCUGGUCUUCCAAACCAGUCCCUCCAAGACCAUGACGCGGUUUGCGCAGUACACAGUCCAGAAGCUGCAGGCCCUCCGCCGCGAUGGCCAGGGCUGCUUUAAUCCAGUCGGGGGCUUGGAGAUCGCGACCACCCCGGAACGGGUGCAGGAGAUCAAGCGACGGUAUGGGUUUGCACGGUCGUGGGGGGUGGAAGGGGCGCGGCUGCUGGAUGCCCAGCAGUGUCGGGAGAUGUAUCCCCUACUCAAUCAAGACGACGGGGUGGUGCUGGGGGGCUUGUUUGUGGCCAGUGAUGGGCUGGCGUUGGCCGCGCGGGCGACCGAGUUACUCAUCGAGCGGACGAGGGCGCGCGGGGUGCGGUACUUGGCCCACACGACGGUCACGGGCAUCGAGAAGGACGCGGAGAAUCGGAAGGUGACGGGGGUGCGCAUCAAGAACCACGAGACGGCGCUCAUUGCGGCGGAUGUGGUGGUGGCGUGUGCGGGAUUCUGGGGGGUGGAGGUGGGCGCCUUGGCCGGGGUGGAGAUCCCGCUGCUCCCGCUGGCGCAUCAGUAUGCGACCACCACCCCGGUAGCGGAGCAUGCCCAUCGCACGGUCAACACCCGCAUCAACGGGUGGAACGCCCGUCUGCCCAUCCUGCGCCACCAGGACCACGACCUCUACUACCGGGAACACGGCGAUCGGUAUGGGAUCGGAUUUUACGGCCACAAGCCCAUGCCGGCGGUGGUGGCGGCGGCGGCGGCGGCGGGGAGGUCCGCGCAGCCGAUCGACGAGAAGAACAUGCCCUCGCGGCUGGAGUUCACGGCCAACGACUUUGCGCCCGCGUGGACGGAGACGCAGCGUCUGCUGCCUGCGCUGCGGGGGGCGGAGAUCGAGGACGGCUUCAACGGGAUCUUCUCCUUCACCCCCGACGGGGGGCCUCUGAUCGGACAGGCCCCCCAUCUCGACGGAUUCUACGCGGCCGAGGCCGUCUGGGUGACGCACUCGGCGGGGGUGGCGCGGGCAGUCGCGCAGCUCAUCACGCAGGGCUGGUCCGACAUCGACGCGCUGGACUGCGAGCUGGCGCGGUUCGAACCGGUCCAGCUCACGCGAGACUACGUCUCCGAGACAGCGCAGCAGAACUUUGUCGAGAUCUACGACAUCCUCCACCCGCUGCAGCCGCGGACGUCACCGCGCAACCUCCGCACCGGCCCCUUUUACGCCCGACAGAAAUCACUCGGCGCCUUCUUCCUGGAGACGGGCGGCUGGGAACGACCCUUCUGGUACGAAUCCAAUGCCGCGCUGCUCCACCACGCCCUCCCCGCCGCAUGGCAACCGCCCCGCCCCGGCGACCCCUGGUCGCAGCGCUUCACCUCGCCCAUCUCCGCCGUGGAGGCCUGGAAGACCCGCACCGCCGUCGCCCUGUACGACCUGACUUCCUUCCACCGCUUCCUCGUCUUUGGGCCCGGGGCCCUCGGUCUCCUCCAACAACUCACCACCUCCGACAUGGACGUGCCACCCGGCACCGUGCUGCACACCCUUUGUCUGACCCCCGACGCGGGGAUCCGCACCGACCUCUUCGUGACGCGACUCGAUCGAACCACCUACCAGAUCGGCGCCAACACCGCCACCGACCUCGCCUACCUGACCCGCGCCGCCCGCCACUACACCUCCAGUUCCCCGCAGACCCCCUCAAUUCAAUUACACGUCCACGUCCAAGAUAUCACUGACGCCACCUGCGCCCUCGGCCUCUGGGGCCCGCGCGCGCUAGACGUAAUCCGCUCCCUCAACCCCACGGCCGCCGCCGCCUUCCACCCGCUCACCCUGCCGCACAUGCACGCCACACCCGCCACCCUCGCCAGCAUUCCCGUGCUCGUCACGGCCAAGUCCCCCGUCGGGGAGUCGGGGUGGAAGAUCCAAAGCAGCGCCGCGCACGGGGCCAGACUCUGGGACGCACUCCUCGCCGCGGGCGCACCGCACGGGCUGAUCCCCGCCGGCCGGGCGGCGUUCAACGCGCUGCGCCUGGAGAAGGGGAUGCGGGUGUGCGGGGUGGACAUGACGAGCGAGCAUGACCCGGAUGAAGCCGGGAUGGGGUUUGCGGUGGAUGGGGAGAAGCAGGGGGAUUUCGUGGGGCGGGCGGCGUUGAUGAGGCGGCGGGAAAGCCGGAGGCGGAACCGGAGGCAGGGACAACGGGUGGAGAGACGUCUGCGGUGUUUGAUGAUGGAUGAGGAACGGUCGAUGGUGAUGGGCAAGGAGCCGGUUUAUGUGGCCGGGGGGAGCGAGCCGGUGGGGUAUGUCACGACUGCGGCGUUGGGGUAUAGCGUGGGCAGGCCGGUGGCGUAUGCUUGGCUCCCCGGGGAGGUGGCGGAGGGGGCGGCGGUGGAGAUUGAGUAUUUUGGCGAGAGGGUCCGCGCGACGGUCGUCUGUGAGCCGGUGUAUGAUCCCGAGGGGAGGAAGUUGAUGGGGGAGCUGGAUGGGGUGUCGGGUGGUGGG